UGUGAGUCACCGUAAUUGCGACACUCACUCCUUUGCGCUUCACCAGACACAGAGCAACUGCCAGCCCCAAGAGCAGCUCCAGGCUGGAUCUGCACCGGACACAGGAGAAAGCAGCGGGCAGGCUGAGCAGGGGUGCUGAGGAUGGAGGAAAGUUGGGAGGCUGAGCACAGCUGAAGUCCUGAGCUCCCUGUGCCCUUGACUUCUCUGUGGGCUCAAGCAAGGACCAUCCCAACUCAGGAUGAACCCUCCUUCGGGGCCAAGAGUCCCGCCGAGCCCAACCCAGGAGCCCAGCUGCAUGGCCACCCCAGCCCCACCCAGUCAGUGGGACAGCUCCCAGAGCAGCAUCUCCAGCCUGGGCCAGCUUCCAUCCACCAGUCCCACGGCAGCUGGGACUCGGGCUGCUGCCUGGGUCCCCUUCCCCACGGUGGAUGUUCCAGACCAUGCCCACUAUACCCUGGGCACAGUGAUCUUGCUGGUGGGACUCACGGGGAUGCUGGGCAACCUGACGGUCAUCUAUACCUUCUGCAGAGCUGUGCUUCUUGGAGUCACUGUGAUGAUGCAGAGCAGAGGCCUCCGGACACCUGCCAACAUGUUCAUUAUCAACCUCGCAGUCAGCGACUUCCUCAUGUCCUUCACCCAGGCCCCUGUCUUCUUCACCAGUAGCCUCUAUAAGCAGUGGCUCUUUGGGGAGACAGGCUGCGAGUUCUAUGCCUUCUGUGGAGCUCUGUUUGGCAUUUCCUCCAUGAUCACCCUGACGGCCAUCGCCCUGGACCGCUACCUGGUAAUCACACGCCCGCUGGCCACCAUUGGUGUGGCGUCCAAGAGGCGUGCAGCAUUUGUCCUGCUGGGCGUUUGGCUCUAUGCCCUGGCCUGGAGUCUGCCACCCUUCUUUGGUUGGAGCGCCUACGUGCCCGAGGGGUUGCUGACAUCCUGCUCCUGGGACUACAUGAGCUUCACGCCGGCCGUGCGUGCCUACACCAUGCUUCUCUGCUGCUUCGUGUUCUUCCUCCCUCUGCUUAUCAUCAUCUACUGCUACAUCUUCAUCUUCAGGGCCAUCCGGGAGACAGGACGGGCUCUCCAGACCUUCGGGGCCUGCAAGGGCAAUGGCGAGUCCCUGUGGCAGCGGCAGCGGCUGCAGAGCGAGUGCAAGAUGGCCAAGAUCAUGCUGCUGGUCAUCCUCCUCUUCGUGCUCUCCUGGGCUCCCUAUUCCACUGUGGCCCUGGUGGCCUUUGCUGGGUACGCACACGUCCUGACACCCUACAUGAGCUCGGUGCCAGCCGUCAUCGCCAAGGCCUCUGCAAUCCACAACCCCAUCAUUUACGCCAUCACCCACCCCAAGUACAGGGUGGCCAUUGCCCAGCACCUGCCCUGCCUGGGGGUGCUGCUGGGUGUAUCACGCCGACACAGUCGCCCCUACCCCAGCUACCGCUCCACCCACCGUUCCACACUGAUCAGCCACACCUCCAACCUCAGCUGGAUCUCCGGACGGAGGCGCCAGGAGUCCCUGGGCUCAGAGAGUGAGGUGGGCUGGACACACAUGGAGGCAGCAGCUGUGUGGGGAGCUGCCCAGCAAGUGAAUGGGCAGUCCCUCUACGGUCAGGAUCUGGAGGACUUGGAAGCCAAGGCACCCCCCAGACCCCAGGGGCAGGAAGCAGAGACUCCAGGGAAGACCAAGGGGCUGAUCCCCAGCCAGGACCCCAGGAUGUAGGACGCCCACUGGCUCUCCCUUUCUUCUGGGACACAUCCAGCCCCC